AUGAUGCCAUCUCCUUCCAAGUGUGCACAAGACCUCCUCUUAACCUUUGCCCUGUUUGUGGCUUCUUCCUGGGCUGAUGGCCUUUCGGUAUUCCCAUACCAUGACUACUGCAUCCUUGGGGCUGGCCCCUCAGGUUUGCAGAUGGCCUAUUUCCUCCAACGCGCAGGCCGCAACUACGUGGUCUUUGAACGUGGCCAUGCACCAGGACGUUUCUUUGCCUUGUAUCCACGCCAUCGUAAGCUUAUUAGUGUCAACAAGCGCUACACGGGCAAAUCCAACAGUGAGUUCAACCUUCGCCAUGACUGGAACUCCCUGCUUAGCCAUGACAGCCAACUGCUCUUCCGACACUACUCUCGUGACUUUUUCCCUCAUGCUGAUGCCAUGGUGCACUACCUAGAAGACUUUGCUUCCUUGCUGGACCUCCAGGUGCGCUAUAACACAUCCAUCACCCAUGUGAUGCUGGAAAAGGAUACCAAGGCAUGGAAUGGCCAUUACUUCAUCCUUACUGACCAAAAUGCACAGUUCUAUAAAUGCAGUGUUCUUUUAGUAGCCACGGGAACGUGGGUUCCCCAUGAAGUGAACUUUCCCGGCUCAGAGUAUGUCGAGGGCUACGAGUCUGUGUCCAUCGAUCCUGAAAAUUUCAUGGGCCAGUCUGUUUUGAUCCUGGGCCGUGGGAACUCGGCCUUUGAGACAGCAGAGAACAUUUUGGGCGUCACCAAUUUUGUACACAUGAUUAGCCGCUCCCGGGUCCGCCUUUCUUGGGCCACUCAUUACGUUGGAGACCUGAGAGCCAUUAACAAUGGCCUCCUGGACACGUAUCAGCUAAAGUCUCUGGAUGGACUCCUGGAAGGUGACUUGGAAGACCUGGUGCUCAUCAAAGAUAAAAAGGGAAAGCUGCACAUCACCUUGCGUUUCUACCUGGAGAACAGCAAUAGCAGCAAAGCAGAAUCUGUCCCCCUUCCGCAGGAUGAGCUGGACAACUUUGCCACAAGAGCACCCUAUGACCGAGCCAUUCGCUGCCUGGGCUGGAAGUUUGACUUCUCCAUAUUCAACAAAUCUGUUGGGCUAAUGAAAGGCAGAGGCAGUAAGAAGAAGUAUCCUUUGAUCAAGCCCAGCUAUGAAGCCAAAGCCACUCGGGGUCUCUUUGUUCUGGGCACUGCAAGCCACUCCGUUGACUUCAGAAAAUCUGCUGGAGGCUUUAUUCACGGGUUCCGAUAUACAGCUCGUGCAGUCCAUCGCUUGUUAGAAGUCCGCCAUCACAGCGUCCCCUGGCCAUCCUCCAGCUACCCCAUUAUGCAGCUAACAAGCGCCAUUGUCAGGCGGGUGAAUGAGGCAUCUGGGAUCUACCAGAUGUUCAGUGUGCUAGCAGAUGUCAUUCUGCUGAAAGAGAAUGCCACAGAAUUUGAGUAUCUGGAGGAGUAUCCGAUCGGGGUCCUGCAAGAUCUGGAAUGGCGCACAGGGAGAAAAGUUGAGAAUGGGCUUUUUGUCAUCCUGAUGGAGUAUGGGAAGAACUUCUCUGGGCCUGACAAGGAUGUCUUCUAUUAUAACCGUGCAGUGGGUGAACCACAGCAUGCUUGGCAGUCCAAUUUCCUGCAUCCUGUAAUUUAUUACUACAAACACCUCCCCUCUGAGCGUGAUAUGAGGCUUUGCCCACCAGACUGGCCCCUGCCCCGCCCUGAUGCCCUCCAUCACAUUGUGGAGGACUUCUUGACAGAUUGGACUGCUCCAAAUGCCCACAUCCUUCCAUUGAGACGCUUUUUGGAGAAUUGCCUGGGCACUGACCUGCGCAGGUUCUAUGCAGAGUCCUGCUUCCUUUUUGCCCUGACUCGUCAAAAGUUGCCUCCCUUUUGUCAGCAGGGUUACAUGAGAAUGCAGGGGCUUAUGGGUAAUGAGAGACUUAGGCAUCACGCAAUAGAAGCAGGGCUGCUUGAAGACUAUGCUGCUGUGGACUCCCAAAAUGAGCAAGAGGGUGGCAGUAUGCAAUCACAUGAACAGCUCCUGGAGGACCACAUCAUACCUAAUCACCAACUACAGCAUCUCGUGAGCACCAAGGAUGAACUUUAGCCUUCUUCCGUCUCAAAAUUUACAAAGAUUGUGGUCAUUCUACAAUGCUACCGAUCUGCAGAGGAUCUCCAGCUUCCAUGAGGUGCAAUUGGGUUCCUAUCCAUUCCUUUAUGGGGACCAGGACUUGCCAAAGAGUUGUGCAGAUCUGUUGUUUAUUUAUGAAGAGCAGAAUGGUUUACAAGAUAAGUGAGGGCUGCAACUGGGAAAUGCUGAGGCAUCCCUUUGCUAUUGUUGCCUGUUGUUGUUUGAUGAUGAUAGAAUCUGCUGUAUGGGCCAAUCUCUGGUUUGUCACAAGGAGAAAAAUGGGAUACAGAUGGCUUGCCAAGAUAUAUUAUUCUAGAUUGCAUGUUUUGUGGUGAUCCACAAGAGAAGUCAUUGGUCAUGAAUGCUAUGUGUACCAUGUUCUUGCAUAUACUUGCAGAUUUUUAUGUGCAUGAAUUUACAAGUAAUGUGGUGGAAUUGGUUGGAUGAGGGACUAAAAAGAUGGUGCUGUUAUUGUCCAGGGCAGGGAAAUAUCCACUGCCUCUAAGAGGGAGGGGUAUCUCUCAAGCUAAGCAUGUGUCCCUUUGUAUCAUGUUGCCAAAACAUACUGCAUCCUUAGACAGUGGUUUGUUCUGGGGAACUGGUAUUCUUGUGUGCCAGCUUGCACUUCUUAGCAGGGACAGUCCUUGUGUCCUUAAAUCAAAUCUACUGUUUGCACUAUACCCCGUUAGAAAGCUUCCUUAAUUCCGUUCAGUCAAGAUGAAAUGGUAUAUCCUAUUUUAGGGGGUUUCCCCUAAAAUAUCCCUAUAUUUUCGGGUUAGGUAGGAAAAUGUAUCUGCACUUUAUUGCACUCCUAUGUCCAGUGAUACACUACUCUCACUCCCUACAAGUCAAGAGAAGCAAACUGGAAAGCGUUAAAGCUCGUUCCUCUUACUUAUGUCCCUGUCAUCUUUAAGAGAUGGAAGGGGUGGGCUUUAUAGCCUCUAACUCUGCACUUAGGUUUCCUAGAUGACACUGCUAUUGAUGCUCCAGGGCCCCCUUGCAGCACUCCAUUUUAGCUCUCUCAUUCAUCCAUAAAUAUCUACUUCUCCUGUCUUGCCUGCUGCAGAGAGUAGAACUGAAAGGAGACUCCUCCUUGAACUAUCUAGCACUAGUACAAAUGCUGCUGCAAGUUAAAAUUCCUCUGGGCAUUCAUUAUAUGGGUUGAUGGUGUGAGAUGGCAUCUGUAAGGCAGCCAAGGCCUGCAGCACAGUGGCAGAGCACAUGUUUUGCUUGGAAAAGAUCCCGGGUUCAGUCCACAGCAUCUGGAGUAACUUACAACUUGGAGAGUCACUGCCAGUCAGAGCAGAUAAUAUGGCACUGGAUAGGCCAAUAGUAAGAGGGAGUUUACUGCAUUCAUAUUAAUGAAGUUGUAGGAAUUUCAUGAGUUAUGAAGCCUGUAAAAAAACAGAUCCUCCCCCCCCAAAAAAAAGGUGGGGGGAGCUCUCCCUACCAGGUAGCUUCUAGUACUUGCUAUGUCCUCAGGAUCUUUUGUUCAGUCCAGAUCAUGUGACAAUCAUACAGAGACCCAUCAUACAGGAAGAUUUUAAUUCCUUGCCUAAGGAAUAGAACAAACUCACUCUGUUCAGCCACUUGCUUCUACCCUGCUAAUUACCUCAAAGAAGCCAGUGCUUUAUAUUAGACACAUUGCCUAACUGUGACAGUUUUCUGAAAAGUAAAGCGGGAAAAGAGACACCUUUCUAUUCGGUUCAUCAUUUUGUAUUAGGGUGAAGAUAAGACGUAUUCUCUUGACCAGUGAUGGUGAGUUAUUCACCUACAUUGUGAAUUUGGCUUUGCAACUGCUGAUACAAGUGCACACACUCGUACAUCCAAUUAGCAAAUUAGCCCCUAUUAUUCCCCCUAUAUUUGUGCAUCACAUCUAAUUUUUUUUCAUGAGGCAUUUGUGCAUAUACGUAUCCAUCCUUCAUUUUAACUAAAUUAAUUAAACCAGCUCUGGGAAUUGAGGGUGGGAAUAUAUUGAUAAUGUCAUUAACACUAGCCAAUAUGUGCUCUUCCCCUUCUGUAACACAAUUGGUGUCAAAAGGAGGAACUGACUUUGUCCAGUUCAAUCUGAAACCAUGCCAGAAGCCUGCAGGUUCACUUUACCCCCUGCACAGCUCGCCUCAAUGUUUAAAGGGUAAAAGGGCAUGAUCAAGAUAGCCAUUUUAUUUUUAACUAUAUAUAAUUCUGCCAUGAUCCAGAAUUUGCUGCUGUUUCCUAACUACACAUGACCAAUACAGCUGGCAGAAUGAGUGGAAUGAAUUGAUUGGUUCAGCAGAAUACAGUUGAAGAGGUUACAGUUUCCAACUAAUAUACAUUUGUCUCUGCCUUCAAGGGUAGGUGUAGCAAAACCUUUACUUUUACUGCCAAACCAAGAAUUUAUGAUGUCACUCCCACAUUCCACUGCUUUGUCAUCAGUGCCUAUCGCACUCAGACAUUUGCAGAGAGUCCUAUGGCUCUGUGGUAGCCUGGGCAGUUACAGAUUAUUUUCUAUCUUUACAAAAACAGAAAAAAAUAUUCAUAUUUCAGUACAGUAUCUUUUAACGCUUACUUUAAAAUACUUGUCAUGAUCAAGUGGAUUCCCAUUGUAAUGUUGUUGUAUUGCAAAUAUGUUUUGUAUGAUUGUGUUCUUUAAGUGAACGUUAAAAAAAUGUUUUCAAAGCUAA